AUGAUGCAAGCCAAGAAGAUUAAGUACGACGUCAUCGGACUGGCCAAGACGCGACGGUGGAGUUGGCGUCCUCAUCAACACGAGUAUGGCAAGAACAUCGACUUUUUCGAACACCUUACGACCCGAGUCGGAUGUCUGCGGAUGAGAAGAUGUAGUCCAACACCAGCUUUGACUAUCUUCGUCGCUUAUGCUCCAACAACAUGCUACGAAGAAAAAGAAGUCGAAGCUUCCUAUAUGGACUGGAUAAGUUGCUAA